AUUUUGAAAAAUAAAAAAAAUUUAAAUUUUUCAAAAGAUAAAAUGCUAUUUUAGUCAUUUUAGUUUUUGAGGACUAUUUUUGUGACAUAAACUUAGAAAUGUGCUAUUUUGGAGAUUUGCCCAAAUGUUAUAUCCAAUAGGUUCAGAUGUAAAGAUUCUUUUGUUCUCGUGUGGCAGAUAAGAGCAUCCACAACCCAGGGUUCAUAUGAAUCCUUAACUGCAGCAUUAGAAUAAAAAAUUAAUAAAAGAGUGUGAUACUGGGAAGGAGCAGUCCGGUCGAAGGGUAAACGUGCACGAGGAAACAAAAAUGAAAUCAUUCGCGAAGAAGAGAACAAAAAAAGAGGAAAGGCGACGGUUUAUGCGAUUCGAUCUCCUCGAGCCAUCAAGGUUAAGGAAAAUGAGACAAGACUACAGCUACACCCAGCCUUCUUCAUCUGAGGACUCCUCCCUCGAUAUAACUUCUCUUCUUCAAGCAGAAGCUGAUAUCUACGCGGAUGAAGCGCAGAGCAUGCAUAACAUCCCCGAGCCGUAUCACUACCCUCGACAACCCGAAGCUAACGAUGGAAUCCCGGAGACUUGCUACUGUGGUGCUGACCCUGUUGUUGCUGCAUCGUACACAAGCAAAGACCCAGGCCGAAGGUAUUUCACGUGUGAGAACGCCGAUGAUGGAGACUGCCACAUCUGAAAAUGGUGGGAUGUAGCCGUAAUGGAAGAGAUGUCUGACUUUCAGAGACAACUUAGGGAGGUUAAGUCUCAACAUAACGAGAGUGAGCAGAAGCUGGUUAAGGUAGAGGAGACGGUGUCGGAGUUAUCUAAGAAGAUCUCAGGGAUUAAAGAGAUGUUCCUAUUGGCUGUUUGUGUCCUGCUGAGUUUGUUCAUCGUAAUCUUUAUGGUGUUCAUGUUGGGUGGAAAAGCUACGGAGGUUGAAAAGGCGAGGGUCUGAGCUUUGAAAGGUGCAGUACAAGGCCUUUGUUUUCUUGCGGUUGUUUUAUCUAUCACGGGUGCUUUGGAGCUGUGAAGGUGUUUUGUUCUCUAGCAGAUGUGACCCUAGUCACUGGUUCUAGCUUUUUUCACUUUCACAUUUAUAUAAGAUCGGAUUGUAUAAGACUUUAACCUAUCUCCUUAGCUUUCUUUCAUCUUCCUUGUAAGAUUGUACUCUCUACUACUCCAUGUAAACGAUAUCAAUCUAUUUGCUAAGUACUUCCGUUUGCAUCUCUACUUGCCUUUAACUCAAGGUCGGUUUCCGAAAAUGUCAUCAUCAUCAUCAGAUGAACUCGAAGAAAGAUUAGAAGAAGCUUUCGACGGUAUAUUUCAAAAUAUACACGACGACAUAGUCGCCGGCAGAAGAAAGAAGAAAGGGCAACGUACUUACAUAGAACGCAACCGUGAAGAAGGACACAUCCGUUUAUGGAAUGACUACUUUAGCGAAGAACCGACAUUUCCGAGAUAUUUAUUCAGGCGUCGUUUCCGCAUGAACAAGGACUUAUUCAUGCGUAUAGUCUAUCGUCUCUCAGAGGAGUUUCGAUUCUUUCAACAGAGAAGAGAUGCAACCGGGAGGGAUGGUCUCUCUCCACUGCAAAAAUGUACGGCUGCAAUUCGUCUCCUUGCUUAUGGUUCAGCUGCUGACUCGGUUGACGAAUAUCUUCGACUUGGUGAAAGCACCGCACUUUCCUGUCUAGAUAAUUUUACUGAAGGAAUUAUUCGGUUAUUUGGAGAUGAGUAUCUACGAAGACCCACGUCGGAGGAUCUUCAACGACUACUCGAUAUUGGAGAGAAACGUGGAUUUCCUGGGAUGGUUGGAAGCAUUGAUUGUAUGCAUUGGGAGUGGAAAAAUUGCCCAACCGAAUGGAAAGGACAAUACACACGUGGAUCGGGAAAACCGACAAUUGUCUUAGAGGAAGUAGCUUCGCAAGAUCUUUGGAUUUGGCAUGCUUUCUUUGGUCCUCCAGGUACGUUAAACGAUCUUAAUGUCCUCGAUCGGUCCCCGUUUUUUAUGACAUUUUGGAAGGUCGAGCUCCAAGGGUCCGGUACGUCGUCAACGGACACCAGUAUGAUUUGGCGUACUACCUCAUCGACGGUAUAUAUCCAAAAUGGUCAACAUUUAUCCAAUCUAUCUCACUCCCCCCAAGGUGGUAAAGCAGAGUUAUUUGCUAAAGUUCAAGAAUCAACCCGAAAAGAUGUGGAGCGGGCUUUCGGAGUAUUGCAGGCUCGGUUUGCUAUUGUUAAAAACCCAGCUCUUUUAUGGGACAAGGCGAAGAUAGGGCAGAUUAUGCGAGCAUGUAUCAUACUACACAAUAUGAUUGUCGAAGAUGAACGGGAUGGAUACACUCAGUACAAUACAACUGAAUUUGAAGAAGGAGAGACAUCAAGAAGUUCACAAGUGGAUAUGUCCUAUAGUACCGAGAUGCCUUCAAAUCUCGGGAACAUGCUUGGGAUUCGGAAUCAUCUCCGCGAGAGGCGUAUACAUGAUCAAUUGAAAAUCGAUUUAAUUGAAAAUGUUUGGACUAAAUUUGGUGAUGAAUAUUGAAUUAUGUUAUGUUUAUUGUAUUUCAUGUAAUAAAUAAAAUUUUCAA